CUCCUCCGCCGGCAGCCGCAGCGCCCAGCCGCAUCGCCCAGCUCUGGGAAUCACCCUGGUGGAGACCAGACCUGGGCAACGGAGGAGAACUCCUCGGGAGCUGGGAUGGAACAAGGAAUGGCUCCUCCGGCUCGGGGCAGAGCAGCUGUGCCCACGUCCCUGGGCAGCAGGCGUCAGCGCCUCUGGAAACAGGGGUCCUGGCACUCUGGGCCCUCGUCACCCACGUCAUGUACGUGCAGGACUACUGGAGGACCUGGCUGAAGGGGCUCAGGUUCUUCCUCUUCAUUGGAGUCUUCUUCUCAGCUCUCUCCCUGGUCGGGUUCUGCACGUUCCUCGUUCUGGCCAUCACCAGGCACCAGGCCCUGACCGAUCCCAGGAGCUUCUACCUGUCCUGCGUCUGGAGCUUCAUCUCCCUCAAGUGGGCCUCGCUGCUGGCGCUCUACUCCCACCGCUACCGCGCCGAGUUCGCAGACAUCAGCAUCCUCAGUGACUUCUGACGCCCGCGGGGGGCUCCUGCCGCGCUGCUGCCGCCAGCUGCUGGGUCUCCUGGACUCGUCCUCCCUUCCCCCGCACCCUCCCACCCUCCCGGCGUGCUGCAGCGAGAGGCAGAGGAAAGGAUCUCGCCCCGCGGUGGGGGUUGGGCUCCAGCUGCUUUCUGACUCGGCCCUCUGAGGGCUUUGCCUCCUCUUGUCUUGUGUCUGCAGCUUCCCCUUGCAGCCCCUCUCUGGCUGCUGCUGAGCUUGGGCCACCGAGCAGGCAGGCCUGGUGCUGCUCUUUGCCUUGCCCCUGAAGGCCAAAGUGGGGAGGAAGUUUGGACCCCUCCAGGAUCUGGAGGUUUCUUUGCCUCGUGGCUGCAGCUCCCUGAGCUCUCCUCACUGCUGCAGCCAGCAGCAGCUGCCUAGGAGAGGGAGGGAAGGAAGGAUUCUGCCCUGGGAAAAGCAACUCCUGCCCCUAGGACUGGGCUGGGUGACCUUUGGAGGUCCCUUCCAAGCCAGACCAUGCUGUGGUACUGCUCCUGGAGGAGGACAGGAGAGGGAAGCCUUUCCUCGAGGAGAGCAGGAGGGAGAGGAGGCAUUCCCCGGGGAGAGGAGGGAGGGUCCUUUCCCCGAGGAGAAGAGCAGUGCUCAGGCUUUGGGGUGGGGUCUUUGCUACUGCUCUGCCCCUGAGUGCUGUUUGCACCCUACUGGCAUCCUGCAGCAGCACAGCCCUGGGCCCCUUCGGGCCCCUUUGAGCUCCUUUCAGCCCCUUUGGGCUCCUCGGGGCCCCUUUGGGCUCCAGAGUUCCCAACAGGGACCCCUGAGCACUUGGGGGGAUGAGGGUGGGACUGGGUGUCCCCCAGGCAGCUCAGGGGUGUCCCCUCUGUUUUCUAUCCCCCCACUCCUCACAGGUUGUUUCCAUCUUGGCUUUUUGAGGCAUUUCUGCUGACCUCAGAUCUGUUCCCACGUUGGAUCUUGCUCUCUCUGCACCCCUCAGUGUCACACCUGGGAUGCUGCAGCUCACAGUGGGGGUGGUCUGAGUCUCUCCCAGUGUCUCUGUGCUAAACCCACACCAUGACUUGUUGGUGCCACCACGGAGCAGAAUUCACCUUUCUCACCAAA